UUAGAAAUGCCUCGAAAGUUUCCCGCCGAAAUGUGGAUAUUUCGGCGGCUUGAUAGACACGCUUGUGGAUUUACUUACAUCGCAUUCGCACGGUCCUUUAAACAAACCAAACAAGCUACCGACUCGCGAAAUGGAGGGCUUCGAUGAUCCGGGAGUGUUCUUCUCCGAUAAUUUCGCGGUUGACGAGGUACAAGAGAACCGCGUGAAUCUCCAGCACUCGAAAAAGAAAUUCAAGGAGUUCAUCCGACAGUUUCACGAGGGCAACUUCAACUACAAAUACCGGGAUACCUUGAAGCGCAAUUAUAAUCUCUGCAAGUACUGGCUGGAGAUCAAUCUCGAGGAUUUGGCGGCUUUCGACGAGUCCCUCGCGGAGAAGAUCCAAAAGCUUCCAACCGAGUACCUGGCUGUUCUGGAGGAAGCUGCGAAAGAUGUCGCGGACGAGCUUACGGCACCUCGACCCGAGGGCGAGGAGAAGAUGGAAGAUAUUCAGGUGUUGCUGUGUUCAGAUGCUCAUCCGAGCUCUCUGAGAGGAAUGAAGCCAGAUAUUGUUUCCAAGCUUGUUAAAGUUCCUGGUAUAAUUAUUACUGCAUCUGGCAUCAGAUCAAAGGCGACGAAGAUCGCGAUACAGUGUCGCUCUUGCAAAGUCACUCAACCCAACAUUCCUAUCAAACCUGGUCUGGAAGGAUACACCCUACCCAGAAAAUGUACCACGGAGCAGGCAGGUCGGCCAAAGUGUCCCCUGGAUCCAUUCUUUAUAAUGCCAGACAAAUGCCACUGCGUAGACUUCCAGGUACUGAAGCUUCAGGAGUUAACGGAUCACAUACCACAGGGCGAGAUGCCCAGGCAUUUGCAAUUGUAUUGCGAUCGAUAUUUAUGCGACAGAGUUGUACCUGGUAAUAGAGUUCUGAUUCUCGGGAUAUAUUCCAUUAAGAAGGUAUCUAAGACAGGUGGCAAGAAUGCAGGAAGGGAGAAGGCAUUAGUAGGCGUCCGAGCUCCAUAUAUUCGUGUUCUUGGUAUCUCCGUGGAUGGAGAAAAUACCAACAUAGGAACUCAGCCACUCGUUACAUCCGAAGAGGAGGAUCUUUUCACGCGCUUAGCGGCGGAUCCUAAUUUGUACGAGAGAAUUGCAAAGAGUAUAGCCCCUAGUAUUUUCGGUGCAAUCGACAUCAAGAAAGCUAUCGCAAGUUUACUGUUCGGCGGAUCGAGAAAACUAAUGCCGGAUGGUUUGUGCAGGAGAGGCGAUAUUAAUGUCUUAAUGCUGGGUGAUCCGGGUACUGCCAAGUCACAGUUAUUGAAAUUUGUAGAAAGAGUUGCUCCCAUAGCAGUUUAUACAUCAGGAAAAGGUAGUUCUGCAGCCGGUUUGACGGCGUCUGUAUCGAGAGAUCCAGUAACUAGAAAUUUCGUUAUGGAAGGAGGCGCUAUGGUUCUCGCGGACGGUGGAGUUGUUUGCAUAGACGAGUUUGACAAAAUGAAGGAGGACGAUAGAGUAGCGAUACACGAGGCUAUGGAGCAACAAACGAUCUCUAUAGCAAAGGCGGGAAUCACGACAACGCUAAAUACACGAUGCUCCGUGUUAGCAGCGGCAAAUUCGGUCUUUGGUCGCUGGGACGAUAUAAAGGGAGAAGAGAAUAUAGAUUUUAUGCCGACGAUACUAUCACGUUUCGAUAUGAUAUUUAUUGUUAAAGAUGAGCAUGAACACAACAGGGAUGUAACUCUAGCUAAACACGUUAUGAAUAUUCACUGUAACGCUGGGCAGAUCACAGAACAAUCGGUCGAGGGUGAAAUUCCUGUACAUAUUCUCAGAAAGUAUAUCAACUAUUGUAGAACGCGUUGCGGUCCAAGACUUAGUGUAGAAGCAGGGGAGAAAUUAAAAAAUCGUUACGUAAUGAUGCGAGCUGGUACGAGAGAACAUGAGAAAGAUUCUGAAAAACGAUUGUCGAUACCUAUAACAGUCCGGCAGCUUGAAGCUGUUAUACGAAUCUCCGAAGCUUUGGCCAAAAUGCAAUUACAACCUUUCGCUACUGAACUUCACAUUAAUGAGGCUUUAAGACUCUUCCAAGUAUCUACAUUAGAAGCCGCGAUGUCUGGAUCACUAGCAGGUCUACUACAAAUUGAUAAAUAUAAAGAGCAGAAGGAUUUACCUCGGAAGAAGAUCAUGAAAUUCUAUCCCGCAUUGAAAAGCAAUUGAAGAACAGAUUUCCUAUUGGACAUCAAGUCUCUGAACAAAAUAUAGUGAAAGAUUUUCUCAAGCAGUCAUUCCCGGAACGCGCCAUUUACAAAGUUAUACAUACGAUGAUACGCCGCGGUGAACUUCAGCAUCGUUUGCAACGUAAAAUGUUGUACAGAUUGCACUGAUGUAUAACAGAAAUUUCUCCAAUGUAUAAUUACAUACUUUGUAUCGUUGUGCUCGUAUGUGGUAAGUUAUGUAAUUCUUUCUCAACUAUUUUGAUACAAACUAACAAUUUGCACGUUAAUUUAUGAUUAUGGAAGUUCGUUUUUAAAUGGAUAAUGUGGAUGAUCUUGAAUUCUGAAACAGACACAAUAAAUGUAAGAAAAUUUUAUUUUAUAUGAAAUAUACAAUUUUUAAACAU